UUUCAGAAUAUGCUCCUAGUCUCACUAACUCUUAUUUUUGCCAAUUGGCUUACACUUCAUGGUCACGUUAUAUAGGCCUUGAAAUGAUUCCUCCCUUGCCUCUGCAACUCGGUAUUUGAUUCCUCUUAAGCCUUCACCUUUGAUUUCUCUACAAUAGCCAUUAUUUUGGCAUUUAGCAACACAACAAAGGACUUCAAAGUAGUUUUAAUUAACCCACCACUUCCAGUUUACAGUGAUCAAAGUCCUCGGAAAGAAUGAAAAAAUGGAGUCUGAAAGGCAGAAGCGUCAAACGCCUCUUCUCAUCUCCCUUUACCACGAGGUAUGAAGAGAAAAACAGCUUUUUGGUUGAUGGAGAAAGCAAUUCCGGCCAUACAGAACCAGAGUUCAAGCAAGUUCCGAAACCUAAUUGGAGAUUCUUUUCUUAUGACGAGAUCUACAGAGCAACUAAUGGCUUCCAUCAAGAUAAUUUAGUUGGAAGUGGCGGAUAUGCUGAAGUAUACAGAGGAGAGCUUGAAAGCGGCCAGCUUGUUGCAGUAAAGAGACUGAUGAGAGCUUCAGCUGAUGAGCAGAAGGAGAAAGAAUUCCUGACAGAGCUUGGAGUUAUCGGCCAUGUCUGUCAUCCUAAUGUGAUUCCUCUCUUCGGCUUCAGCAUAGAUCAAAAUCUCCAUCUCAUAUUCGAAUUCUCCUCUCGCGGCUCAGUUUCUUCGAAUCUCCACAGCGAGAAUUUGCCGCCCAUGGGAUGGAAACUCCGGCGAAAGAUCGCCGUCGGCACAGCCCGUGGACUCCAUUAUCUGCACAAGGACUGUCAGAGAAGAAUCAUUCAUAGGGACAUUAAAGCAUCAAAUGUUUUGCUUUCUGCCAAUUUUGACCCUCUGAUUUCAGAUUUGGGGCUGGAAAGAGGGCUUCCAUCGGAGUGGAGUCAUCGGGCGGUGGCGCCGAUCGAAGGAACAUUUGGAUGUUUGGCUCCUGAGUACUUCACGCAUGGGAUUGUUGAUGAGAAGACAGAUGUGUUUGCAUUUGGUGUUUUUUUGCUGGAGAUUAUCUCAGGAAGAAAGCCAGUUGAUGGAUCACAUAAGAGCUUGCUCAGCUGGGCUAAACCAUACUUAAAUGAAGGGAAAAUAGAAAUGUUAGUGGAUCCGAGAUUAGGAGAAGAUUACGACAUUGAUCAGCUGAAAAAACUUACAUUUAUAGCAUCAAUCUGUAUCAGAUCAAACGCAGCUUGGCGGCCUUCCAUGACAGAGGUAUUGGAGCUCAUUGAAAAAGAUGAGAUGUCUACAGAGCGGUGGAGGAUGGAUGAAGAAGAAGAAGAAGAAGAAUUUUGGGCUUUUGAUGAUCUUGAAGAUGAUUGUGACACGCUAACAUCAUUUUCAUCAUCAUCAUUAACAUCAUCAAUGAGUAGCUCGUAAGCUAACUAUAUAUAUUUAUUAUUAGACCAAUCUCUAUCAUAUGAGGUUUUUCUAUGUGGCUGAAAAGAAAUGAAUUAUUUUCAUAUGGAAAGAUGGGUGAAAAGGAAAGGGGAGGUGGAAUGUACAUGUUCAAUGUCUCAUUUGUUCUUCCCUAUGUGUUCUUAUUUAGUUUUGUGUGUUUAGGUCAAUGGACUUAGCCAACAUAAACUAUGUAAUUAUGUGAAGAGAGAGAGAGAGA